GAGAGCGUAACCUGUGGGAGGCGGGGUGAGGGGCACGUUCAAUGAUUAGACCAGAAAGAUACGAUUCAAUACAGCGGUAUUUUUAUUUAGCGUAAAACAGACAUUUAUUCAUACGCUUACAUAUUGAUUUUAUUCCAGCGUUUGUGUCAGGUCAGUACUUGCAAGGAUGACGAUGCCGCACGUAGGGGCAAUAUUUGGAGCAAUAGCGGGAGUGAUGGCCAUCAUGUUGCACUCCUCCAUUCACAAGAUAGAAGAAGGACACCUUGCUGUGUACUACAGGGGUGGGGCAUUGCUGACGUCUCCCAACGGUCCCGGAUAUCAUAUUAUGCUGCCUUUCAUUACCACUUACAGAUCAGUGCAGACCACUCUCCAAACUGAUGAGAUCAAGAAUGUGCCUUGUGGAACGAGCGGGGGUGUGAUGAUCUAUUUUGACAGAAUAGAAGUUGUUAACAUGCUGGUCCCUUUAGCAGUGGUGGAAAUUGUGAGGAACUACACGGCUGACUAUGACAAAACCCUAAUAUUCAACAAGAUUCACCAUGAACUCAAUCAGUUCUGCAGUGUGCACACACUACAGGAGGUCUACAUUGAGUUAUUUGACAUUAUAGACGAGAACCUGAGGACGGCUUUGCAGAAAGAUCUUAUUGCUAUGGCGCCGGGACUUACAAUACAGGCGGUCCGUGUUACCAAGCCGAAGAUCCCCGAAUCUAUCAGGAGGAACUUUGAACUCAUGGAAGCGGAGAAGACUCGUCUGUUAGUAACGGCUCAGACUCAGAGGGUGGUGGAGAAGGAAGCCGAGACUGAAAGAAAGAGGGCCAUUAUUGGUAAAUGUGCUGCUGUUUUACUGCAAAUCAGCCAGCCAGGCUUUCAUUUGCAUGACGGUUGUCACAAUUUUAGCGGUUUCCCCCUUUUUAGUCGCUCAUGUGUAACCCCACUAUCUCCAUCUGUUAACACUCGCAUGUUUUUCUGUCCCACAGAGGCUCAGAAAGUGGCCCAGGUAGCAGAGAUCCAUUUCCAACAGAAGGUGAUGGAGAAAGAGACGGAGAAGAGGAUCUCUGAAAUAGAGGACUCAGCCUUUUUGGCGAGGGAGAAGGCCAGAGCUGAUGCUGAGUAUUACACUGCUUCAAAGUUUGCUGACGCAAACGCGAUGAAGUUGACCCCAGAGUACAUGGAGCUGAUGAAGUACCAGGCCAUAGCCGCCAACAGUAAGAUCUACUUUGGCCAGGACAUCCCCAACAUGUUCGUAGAGGGAAGCAACAGUCCCCCGAAGUCUGUGCGCUCCCUUCAUCAAGCGGACUUUCUGAAAACAAAGGAGGGGCAAUGAGUCCACCGCUGUGCUUCUGCAAAGGCCAGGAGGACCCGACGGGGACUUGUGUUGUCUGUGAGGUGGGGAGCACUGCACUGAAGAUGAUGGGUGGGAUAGCGUCGCAGCUAGUUUGAUGAAUAACACACUUCAGUCUUAAAUUUAAAUGGCAAAGAAAGGGUGUGAAAAUUUAAGGACAAGCAGAAGUGAGAGCGAGGGAAGGCGAGAUAAAAGGGAAAACAUUUUUUACCUUCCACUCUUUUGAGGAAGUCAAGUUUUAGGAAUAAGAAUGAUGCCAUAGUUAAAAAUCACAUCAAUAAUAAAUGCUUAUGCCUGGGAAGGCGACAGCAAGUUGUCGCCCUAAUGUACACUGGCGUGCAAUCAGUGCGGUGUUUAACUUUGCUGCGUUUUAUUUUGUUUGUUGUAUGCAAGGCGAGGGAUGGAAAAUGAUUUUUGAGAAUUAAUUUCUGGUUAAGCUGAACUGGAAGCUAACAGGUGACACUAAUUAAUGAAAUGCAGUUUGGUUUGUGUAAGUGUGUCGUGGGCAGGUCGUCUCUGUGCUAUCUUCUCUUACACUAAACCACGAGUUCUCUCUCAACAUGAAUGAAUGUGAGGACCUCUAAUUAAACGCUGCUUGUGGAUGAACAUAAAAUAGUUAUGAACAUUUUACAUUUGUCAUUUACAGCAUUUCCUGUUGGCUGAAAUCAUAGACAUGAAAACUGAUCUGUGAAAGUUUUAUUUUUAAACGAUAGCUUUGUAGAAACAAGUGGCCUGACUUUGUUAAAAUGUCCCCGAAUUUGCAUAUAGUUGCAUAGAAUCCUACAGAUACGUAAGUGUUCUCAGUUGAUAAAGUAAAUAUACAGUGGUGUCAGAGUGGUAGUAAUGUGGUUUCUUUCCUGUUAGCUUGGCGGUAGUUUGCUGUUAGUUGUAGUGAAGACUUGAGAUGCACUAAGACCUGCUGUGGCAUUUACUGUGAGAAAGAGAAAAGCUCAUUUAAGUUGAUUAACAAUUAAAAGUGAAUUAAUAUGGGAGCGUAUCAAUAAAGCAGUUGUGUGAUAGUGCCACAGGAGGAAGUGGUGGUUUGUAUUUCUUGUGAAGAAGGAAUUACAUCUUCUUCCUCCAUCUGGUUUUCAUUAUCGGGGCAUGCUUGUGGAAAUGUGUAGUGGCUUGAUUCAGAUGAUUAGUAGUGCCUGCAUUUAUCUGCCAACUCUGCUCUACAGCUUAUUCACAUGUGAGGAAAUGUAAAUUCUCAGGAAAUUUACUUUUAUUUUUAACAAAAAGCUGCUCAGUGUUGGACGGAGCUUACACCCUCAAAAGUUUAAACAUUGACAAUUGUGCAAGAAAAACAGUUGAACAUCUGGUGGAACGAGAAAGUAACGAUUUGAUUUGAAGAUGUGACACCUGAGACAUUAUUACGAGCAUGUCGGUCUGUCAAAGUAUAAAUGUUAUAGACAAAAUCUCCUUUCUAUGGUCAAUGUUUACAUUUUUCUGUAAUGCAAGAAUUAAUAGGCUGCAAAGUUUCUCAGUCUCUGCUGAACGAGAUCAUUUUAAUGGCAGCACACAGUUCCUAGUUCCAGUAUUAACUUACUCUCAAGUGAGGAUUAGUUUAAUCUCUAAUCAGUUUUGUGUGGCGAUAUGAGUACCAGCGUUGCUCUAUUAAAAGAUGAAUGUUGACAGAGCUUUGGCUUCAAUAAGAUGCAAGUUGGUGCUAGUUUUUAUUCUCCGUUUUGAUGCUUUUGGAUUUUGUUCAGCUCUCUUAUAUAGUACUUCCACUUUUCAGAAUGCAAGCCUUAAAAUAUAAUGGGUUUCCCCAGACUUAAAGAUUCAGUGAUUCCUCUAAACUAAACCGCUCCAUUUGAACUUAACUGUGAGACUUCUUCAAGAGCUUGGACGUACACACUGAACUGUACUGAACAUCACAGACUUUAUCUGAGAAAGACUGAACCAGCAGUGGACUAACUACUCGUGUUCGGCCGAUGUUGUGAUGUGUACUUGACCUGUGAGUGGCGGUUAAAGGCUGCGUUCUGCAUUUGCUUUGGUGGUGGGUUUAAAUAAAGAUGCAACAGUAUGAAUCAAUGAUUUUCUUUUUUUUUUUUUUUUGUUGGGGGUCAAUGACAUUUUGUACAAUCUGUGAAAUUCAAACAUUGUCUCCUUGUUCUAAAAGGUUUAUAUGCAAAAAUGUUUUCAAGUUUUGACAAUGUUCUUAUGUAAAAUAAAACCUAUUUUGGUACCUCUCUU